GUCAAUUGUUCAAGUGUACAUUUUAUUUAUGUUGCCUCCAGUUUACCAGUUUUAUAAGCAGACAGAAAAUGCAAAGUAAAAAGCAAGGGAGUGAGUAACGCAAAUAUAAACUCCAUAAGACUCGCAUGGUAACAAACCCACACCCGUUAAAAAAAAAGACCGGCGAGUGGGGGAUGUGAUGAGUCACUCGCGAGGCGCUGUCGGUCCGCUUUGAUCAGCCGCAGCCGGGGUCUCGCGCUGUAAAAUAUUUUUGAAAGACGAGUAGCCGGUGAGUCACGAUAGCGGUGUUGGAAGUAAGUGUGUUACGUUUCUAAAUAUAUCCCGAUAAAUUCGUUAAAGAUGCUUUAAUCAUUUUGCAAUAUAAAACUUGAGUCUGUUGGAAUUCACGCUCCACGUUAAAUGCAUAAACAAUGUUUUAAAAUUGUACAUGGAUAAUCGAUUCUAUCAACAAUUAUAUAUACCAUUUAUUUCCCAUUUUCAAAACAUAUAGUAGCUUUUUAAUUAAAAUAAUUUGUGUUCCACAUUCUAUGCCCCACACUGAUCCAUCUUUUCAUCCUCGCGCUCCUUUGUGGUGCUUGGGGACGAAACAAAAGCUGCGCGGUUUGGAGAAGAGGCAAGGAGCGCGUGACGUCGGCAGACCCAUAACCGAUGAGCCCUAAAGCUGGCCCCUGAUUAUAACAAAGCUCAUUGGAGUCACUUUUUGAGAAAAAUAUAUACGGGGAUUGUUUCAUCUCGGCUCAACAGAAGACGUUCAUAACGGUAAGAGAGAAGCCUAUAUGCUGCGCGAGGGGUCGGAAUGGCGCUGUGGAAUGGACUCUUCAAAAUUCUUCCACCUUGGUUGAGAUAAAGCAGAAGCACACCAGAACGAGAGAGAAUAACACGCGCAUAAACCCCACAUCUUAGGUACGUCAGACCGCGCACUGCUCAAAGAUGUUCGCGCGCAUCGCAGUGCGUUAACAUGCGCUGUUUUUCAGCACGCGAGCUGGCGCAUGCCAUGCUGUAGCGCUGCGCAUCCUGAGCCGCUGCCAAAUGGCACGGACAAGCGCGACCACAUCGCUCUGACGGAAUAGACAUACGAUGCUGUCCAAAGACGCGUUUCUCUCAGCUUGAGCGGCGCGUGAUGAUGAACGGCGACUGCCGUGGGACCAGCUUGCCCCAGCGCGAGGAACCGAUGUGUUCUCCACUUUCCGUGGAGUCCGAACCUCACCCUCAUCGAUGACCCGGCUCGCUUUCACCCUUCGUCACUAUUUAUUGUAUUUUGGUAAAGCACAUAAAUAGGACCUACAUAAAACAAGUGUGGAACAAUGGAAUUAUCUGAGGUUCGCUGUUCCAGCGCGAGCGAGGAGCUUUACAGCAUCAACAAAACCCCCACCAGCAACAGCGGGAUCCGACCGAAGCGUUUGCUGUGGCAGAAUGCCGUGCGGCACAUCACCGAGCAGCGCUUCAUUCACGAACACAUUCACAAACCCGUAUCACCGGACGAAUCUCACGCGCAGGGCUCGCGCAAACACUCUGCCGGCAGGACCUCCGUGGGCGACAGGCACAAUAACGGCGGCACAAAAGUCUUCCCCGAGCGCUCGAGCAGCGACCUGGGUUUCCUGCAGAUCGAUUGCGCGCCCAGCAACUCCGAUUUCUUCCUGAGCUGGGGCUACACCUACCGCGGGGUCAUUUUCCCCACGCUGCGCUACAGCUUCAAGUCCAGGGACCUCGAGCGCCUAUACCAGCGCUACUUCCUGGGGCAGCGGCGGAAGUCCGUAGUGGUUAUGAACAUUCUGGACGUGGUGACCAAGCUGACCCUUCUCUUGCUGCACCUGACCUUGGCGUCCACGCCGAUGGACCCGAUCAAAGGAAUGCUGCUUGGAUUCUUCACAGGCAUCGAGGUGGUCAUCUGCGCUCUCGUGGUGGUCCGCAAGGACACGAGCUCACACGGUUACCUGCAGUACAGCGGCGCGGUGACCUGGGUGGCAAUGGCCACGCAGAUCCUUGCCACGGGACUGGGAUAUGGGUUGCUCGGAGAUGGGAUAGGGUAUGUGCUAUUCACACUGUUUGCCACCUACAGCAUGCUGCCGCUGCCUCUCACCUGGGCCAUUGUUGCGGGACUGCUGACCUCUGCCCUGCACAUCGCGCUCCAGCUGGUGGUCUCCCCUCGAGCUCAGAUCUCUACGAAUCAGCUGUUAGCUCAGGUGUUGCUGUUCUUAUGUAUAAACACUGCAGGGAUGUUUAUCAGCUACCUGUCAGACCGCGCCCAGCGACAGGCCUUUCUGGAGACACGCAGGUGCAUCGAGGCACGUCUCCGCCUAGAGACCGAGAACCAGAGACAGGAGCGCCUGGUGUUGUCAGUGCUGCCACGCUUUGUGGUGCUGGAGAUGAUUAAUGACAUGGCCAACGUGGAGGAUGAAACCCUACAACACCAGUUUCAUCGGAUCUACAUUCACCGCUAUGAGAACGUGAGUAUUCUCUUUGCUGAUGUGAAGGGCUUUACCAAUCUUUCCACAACGCUCUCCGCUCAGGAACUGGUUCGAAUGCUCAACGAACUCUUUGCACGCUUCGACCGUCUGGCGCAUGAGCAUCAUUGUCUGAGGAUCAAGAUAUUGGGGGAUUGUUAUUAUUGCGUCUCUGGCCUACCUGAGCCCCGUCCGGAUCACGCCCACUGUUGUGUUGAGAUGGGCCUCAGCAUGAUUAAAACCAUCAGGUACGUGCGCUCGCGUACAAAGCACGACAUAGACAUGCGAAUCGGAAUCCACUCCGGUUCAGUUCUAUGUGGAGUUCUCGGCCUGCGGAAGUGGCAGUUUGAUGUUUGGUCCUGGGAUGUGGACAUAGCCAACAAACUAGAGUCAGGGGGAAUACCGGGGAGGAUCCACAUCUCCAAAGCAGCCCUAGACUGCCUGAACGGCGUCUACGAGGUGGAAGAGGGUCACGGGAAAGACCGCAAUGAAUUCCUGCGCAGACACAACAUCGAGACCUUCCUGAUCAAACAGCCGGAGGAGAGCCUGCUCACCCUGCCUGAGGACAUUAUGAAAGAUUCCACCAACCAAUCAGAACACAGAACCUCUAACACUUCUUUUACUGAGGGAACAUGGAGCCCUGAACUUCCCUUUCAUAACAUAGUGGGCAAACAGAAUACUCUGGCUGCGCUCACACGUCACUCUAUUAACCUGCUCCCCAACCACCUGGCUCAAGCCCUGCAUGUGCGCGCCGGCUCGCAGGAAAUUAACGCUCGCAUGCAGAGCACCAUCGCCCUGCGCAGCGGGGACAAGCUCCGCCAAGAACAUAUCUCCCCCUUCUCUCUCACCUUUAGAGAAGCACUGCUGGAGCACAAGUAUUCCCAGAUGAGAGACGAGGUGUUUAAGUCUAAUCUAGUGUGUGCCUUUAUCGUUCUCUUCUUCAUCACCGGAAUACAAAGCUUACUGCCCUCUGCAAGGAUGGUCACGAUGGUGAUACAGUUCUCUGUCCUCAUCUUGCUGCACUGUUGUCUCGUUGUCGUGACGACGGCAGAAGACUAUAAGUGUUUGCCAUUGGUUUUGCGAAAAGCGUGUUGCUGGGUGAACGAAACAUACACGGCACGAAACGUCGUCAUCUUCCUCUCCAUCCUCAUCAACUUCCUGGCAGCCAUGAUCAAUAUACUUUGGUGUGAUUUUGAUAAAUCUUACUCAUUCAGGAACCAGACGUUUAAUGCGUCAGCUUCAAUCCCGGAUAUCUGCUUCUACCCGGAGUAUUUCGUGUUUACCGGAGUGUUGGCGAUGGUGACCUGCGCAGUGUUCCUGAGACUAAACUCAGUUCUGAAACUGGCCAUUCUUUUGAUCAUGAUCGCCAUCUACGCAGUGCUGACUGAGGCGUUCUACACACCGUUAUUCAUCCGCUAUGACACGCUCACGCUCAAUCAGAGCAAAAGCUUCCUGGGAACCAAGGAAACAUCUCUGCUUCUCAUGGCAAUGUUCCUUUUAGCCGUCUUCUACCAUGGCCAACAGCUUGAGUAUACCGCUCGUCUUGACUUCCUGUGGCGCGUUCAGGCGAAGGAAGAGAUAAAUGAGAUGCAAGAGCUGCGUGAACACAACGAGAACAUGCUCCGGAACAUUCUCCCCAGCCAUGUCGCCCGCCACUUCCUGGAGAAAGACAGAGACAAUGAGGAGCUGUACUCUCAGUCGUAUGACACUGUUGGAGUGAUGUUCGCCUCCAUCCCGGGCUUUGCUGAUUUUUACUCACAGACGGAGAUGAAUAAUCAGGGCGUGGAGUGUUUGCGGCUGCUGAACGAGAUCAUCGCUGAUUUUGAUGAGCUGCUCGGGGAGGAGAGAUUUCAAGACAUAGAGAAGAUAAAGACCAUCGGUAGCACAUACAUGGCCGUGUCAGGAUUGUCUCCAGAAAAACAACAAUGCGAGGACAAAUGGGGGCAUCUGUGUGCGCUGGCAGAUUUCGCCCUCGCUCUGAAUGAGAGCAUUCAGGAGAUCAACAAACAUUCUUUUAACAACUUCCAACUCAGAAUCGGUAUGGCACAUGGCUCAGUGGUGGCAGGAGUGAUCGGCGCUAAAAAGCCGCAGUACGAUAUUUGGGGGAAAACUGUAAAUCUGGCGAGUCGCAUGGACAGCACGGGUGUCAGCGGGAAGAUCCAGCUCCCGGAGGAGACCUACGCCAUCCUGAACGAGCGCGGCUUCGCCUUCGAAUACCGCGGUGAGAUCUACGUGAAGGGCAUCAGCGAGCAGGAAGGAAAGAUCCGUACGCACUUUCUGCUGGGCCGCGUGCAACCCAACCCGCUCGUCCUACAGCCACGGAAGCUCACGGGCCAGUACUCGCUCGCCGCCGUGGUGCUCGGCCUGGUUCAGUCCCUCAACCGGCAGAAACAAAAACAAAUUCUUAAUGAAAACAACAACUCAGGCAUCAUGAAGGGCCACUACAACCGCAGAACUCUGCUGGCGCCGGGCGGUUCUGAUAAUAGUCACACCGAGGUGACAGAAAAAAGCGAUCUGGCCUAGUGGAACGGAGAGAAAGACUGCAUACUUAACCAAAAGACUGAGCUCUACUUCAGACCGAGUGUCUAUUGCUGUCUGUGUUUCUUUUUGUAUUUCUUUUGUAUUUGAGAAACAAUAA